GCUGAGUAGCUCGUGACAGUCAGAUGACAUCGCAGCAUGUUGUCGUGAAUAAAUUCCAUGCGUAUGUAUAUUGACAAUCGUGUUUACAAAGAAUAGACAAUCGUGGAAGAAAAAGCACAACUACCCAAUAGGCAAUACAGCAUUGCUUGUCUCAGCAAAGCUAACAAGGGUUUCAGAAGUGAACUUUCAAAGCAACAUAACUCGUUUAAUAACUCGUUUAAUAACUCGUUUAAUAACUAGAAGUGUGGACGAAAACCAUCAGAUCAACAAUCGAAAUUGUUUGAAGCUAACCGGAAGCAGAACAAGCGAAGACUGCACUAGAAGGGGAAAUCCACACUUAUAUUUUAUCAGACAGGACGGGUACAGUUCAUUGAACACAAAAUCUUUCAUUUGAGAAAAUAUGGCUACUGCUAUUGUAGAGGAGUCGAAAGACGAAGAUGAAAACUUUUAUGAGUUUCUAGGCGGAGAGCAAAAUGUAUCAAAUGAGGCCAUCGAGCUCCGUCCUUUGUCGAAAGAGGGGUACUCUUACAGGAACAUGGUUGACUAUGAAAAAGCGACACGUGACUAUCAAAAUGUGACGUACGUAAACAUCAACCUACUUCCUCCUGAAAAACGGCGCAAGCAUGAAGAAGAUUUGAUUGGCAGUGGGACUAGGAACGAGAAGGCACUACCGCUGCCUUGUAGUAUCUGCUCGAAACACAGUGGAAGAUAUGCAGCCAGGUGUCUGAAGGGAUUUGGGCACAAAAGUCCUCUUAUCGAAGAAUUUCUCGCAGCCCAAAGCGAAUACGAAGCUCAAAUGCAUUCACAGCAAAACGAGGAGCCCGAAUUUGCCGAAUGCCUUGAAAAGGUUCUUCAAAAUUUUGUGAAAAAUGAAUUCCCGAAGUUGUAUCCACUAGCAAACGCUCCGAAUCGCAGACAGCGGUCUGCUGCUGCUGCUGCUGCUGCUGAUUUGAAGCAAGAUUCGCCUCUUCCCAGUUUUGUAAACGACGUCUUGAAGCAAUGUUAUCUUUCAAUGACAGAGGAGACAAGUGAUGAAACGGAAGUGUCUUCCUUGCCAACGGCUUCAGAAGUUGCGGAUGUUUUAAGAGAAAGCCAAACGCGACCCUCGCGGCGUCGCGAUCCAACAAACCUGUCUUUGACAAACAAGUUUCCGAUGUAUGACAUGUCAACCUUAUCGGACAAGGAGUUGGGACUAAUUCUGGAUUACUUAAGAUUGCCAUACGAGACCUCUGCUAAUCGUGAAGUGUUAGAGAACAUGGCUAACCGAUACUGUCCCAUGGUGGUUCUGUUACCAAAUUUCGACGAUCAAUCGCUGAAUCAAAGUAAGGAAUGCGGUCGGUGUUCGAGUCAGUUAUCUUUGAUAGAAACCUACUUCAGGACACUAACCUCGACGGUCUGUUUUGCCUGCAAUCAUGUCUGUUGCGGUAAUUGUCUGAUAAAAACGAAAUGGAAAGUUCCCUCUUCAGGUUCGUUCGAUUUGAGGACAAUUUGUUCAGAAUGUUUAAGAGUAUUAAAGAUCUACGAAUCUCAGAGUUGGUUGGAACGUGGAAUUGCUUUAAUCGAAUCCGACCAGAAUAGGAAGGAAACCGUACUUGCUAUGUACAGAAUUUCAAACGCAGUGCGACCAUCGGACGUUGCCAUAAUCCAACAAGCCAAGCUGCUAUAUGAGCGGAAAGAAUACACAACGUUGACUGAAUUUGGAAAAGCAAUUCUGCUAAACGAAAGUCUGUUGACAAAAGACAAUCGCACGGUCCUUUUAUACCUUGUCGUAGACAGUCAAUUGCAAGUUGUCGGUGCAAUGCCAGAUACGGAUUUUAUAAAUAAAGUUGAAUUGUACGAAGACGCCAUUAACUGGAUCGAACGCUUUGAUACUCUGGUCGAUGAGAGGAUUAAUAAUUUAAAACUGAAAGCAAUCCAGACGAAGUCGGUUCUUCUUAACCAGCGCGAUGAAAUUUUAAAGAAAAAAGCGGCUAUGGUUUGGUCACAUUUGACCGAAGCCAUCAAAGAAGGCCUGUUUCUCGAGGCGCUUCACGUGAUAGACGAUGAAAAAAGUGAUAAAGAAGUUAUGCAAUUGUGCUGGCAGCAGUUGUUGAAGGAAUCGAAUGAAAACUACAACGAAUACAGUAGACUACUUUUGCGACUCUUAAAGGCUACUGCCCUGCACGAACAAGGCAAUUCGACGGCUGCCAUGAAUGAAGUUGCUGAUGUGUUUUGGAAUGGCUUUGAACUCUUCCUCUCUUCUUCGCCCCAAGACCGCGUCAUACCUAUCAUAGAGUACGUAGUGCAUUUCACAUUCAAGUUGAUUAUAAAUGAGGCAAGUUUGCCUCUAGAAAACCUCGCCGGAAUAAAUGUUUCCAAUUUUCUAUCAACCCUUCAAAUAACUGAAGAGGACCUCAUUAAUCCACCUGAUAUAGAUGACCGCAAAUGGGAGAACCUCAACGUAGAGGAUUGUGAUGUGAAAAUGUUCCUGAAAUACGAAAAGGCGGUAAAGACACUUGUUGAAAGAAAGAAGUGGAGGCCACUAGACGCUGCCCUUGCCUAUUACGACUUGAUAACUGCUUGCAAACACCCAGCUCAGUUGUUGUUAACCAUCAUAACGUCUGCCCAGUGGUUUACGCGUCAAAUCUCAUGUUCGGAUUCCAGCGAGUCGUGCCGGUUCGCGUGCAAGAAGAUGAUCACGACACAGACAGAUGUGGCAGCAGCGGUGGCCUUCGAAUUCUCAACGCAACCAUACAUGCAGUAUUACGUUGCGAAGAUGGUGAUCGCGUUGCAGUUCUACUCGUCUUUGAAAACUGGACACCAGGGCCAGAUGACAGCAAAACUCAUUGGGAUGCACAUGAAGUGGCUUGUGGCUGCCGGUCGCAAUUGCCCUUUGCACAAAAUGCCAAUUGUAACACCCACAGAGGCAGUGCUUAUGAAUAUCAUUUCCAGUGAACUCCAUCACGAGUAUCUCUUGAUGCUUCAAGACGCCGUUCCACCCGAGUUGCGUCCAAUGUCUGAAGCUAUAUUGCGCUACCAGAUUUAUGAAAACUGUUGGCUUAAACGAGGUGUUAUCGUGGAUCUAACUGAUGGGGGGCUUCGUUUCACCGCCAUGGCCGCACUGCUGGCCGAGAAGAAAUGGUCAUGGGACGAUGUUCAACGACACCUCGUAUCAAAUAUGAUUGCGCUGGACAGAAAUGGCUGGAGAAUCGUAAACGGAAAACUCAUGGAUACCGUCGAGUCCAACAUCCCAGGAAACAUCCACCGGCUUGUGGGUUUGGAAAUCAACAAGAAAGAUUUUGACAUCAGAGUUCUUGUGGAGCGACCUUCUCCCUUAAACGUCUUCAAUCGACAGCCGGCGCUGCUAACCUGGGGGGAUAUUGCUGUUGGAUUGUCCCUCAGCCAGCCAGGAGUUGUCUUCAAUUUCACAGAGGCCGAUCCACGAGAGACGCCGUACCACCCCUUCUACGAAUUGAUAUACUCCCCAGAGCAGCUGGAAGGAACAGAAAUGCUGUUCACGAUGUUACACACGGAUUAUCUGCUAAAGCAGUUCAGCAUGGGUCAUGAAAUUCAAUCUUAUCCACCCUUUCAAGUCCGACCCACCUCCGAGGGUCUUCUCAAAAAUCUGCCCGAAGAUUUGAAAGUAACGCUGCGCUCGAUUCCUAGUCGUGGUGCCUCGCGCAAUCGCGUCCACCGUUUGUGGAUACAAGCUGACACAAUGGAGAUCGACGUUCAAGAGACAGGCGACACAAUACGCUGGCUGUUUGGAGAAGUCAAGAUUGCUGUCCGCUGCAUGCCCAUGCUUCAUGGCGAAGACGGGGAACUGAAAGAUAUCAACACCGAUCGCCCUGAUCCUGAUAGCCCAGAAGGUCGUUUCGUUGAGGAUUUUACGAAGAAUUACGAUAAAAUCGGAAAGUAUUUCCCCGAAUUUCUUCGAUUGAAAGAACUUUGCAAAGUUCAGUGGUUGGGGAAAUUUCUUGACAGCUUAAAAGAAAGCAUGGAAGAACACAAGGAACACAUUAAAAGUGGAAGACGGGAUUCGCUAGUUCAAAACAUUCAGGACUCGUUGAUCAAAAAAAGGGAAGCUAGCAUUGCGAGUAAUCUCGAUAAAAAGAGAAAUGAUAUAAAACGACGAGUUUCUAAGAUUACUGACAACGUAGUAAAUCAAGUUCAACAGCAAGGUAGUAUUUCGGCAUCGCGUAGCGAGAUCUCGAACUGGCUGCACACUGGAAAUUCGCACGAUAUUGCGAAGAAAAUUGCCCGAGAAAAUGCACCAAGUCUAAAUGAUAUUCGAAGAGAUAUUGUCCAGAUGAAAGAGGUAAAACUGGGAAAAUGCACGAGCGUGAUAGAGAAUCUGAGAAAAAGUUCGAAGAAAUUUUUUUCGCCCAGCAACAAAUGCAAGUGGAUACCCGCGGUCUAUUGUAGCCAAGUUAAAGACCAAUUUAUUCGACUCCACUAUGGUGGCGUGUCGCUGAGGCCAAAAGUUGUGAAGACGGAUCUUUCCACAUCCAGAUUCUUCUCCGGAAUCAGCAAGAUAGCGCUCACUCCCGCCCUGCUGUCAAAUUGCGCACCGAAAAAGCAACUGACUCCGCCAGCAUUCAAUCCUCCCAAAGUCAAUGCAAUAUUUACUAUGAUGCGACAGAGGUCGGCGAACACCCGCAAUACACAAGCGUCGAGAAAAGACGAGGAUUGCGGCGGCCCUAGUGGAAGUGGUACUAAUUGUGCGAAAAGCGGCAGCAGUGGUCGGGAAAGCGAAGGAGGUGGACGUGAAGGUGAGGGAAGUGGGAAAAGUAAGAUAGAAAGCGGUGGGGGUUUGGAAAGUGGUGGUGAAAAAGAAGGGGAUCGCAGUGGCGGUGACAGUUCGGGGAACAAAACGAAAAAGCCAGAGACUAAAAAAAGGUUCCCGAAAACUACGCAGUAUGUGAAGCCUUUGUCCCCUGGAAAGUCAGACUGGGAAACUGCGUUGUCGGAAUUCAAUACCGCAUUCAAAACAGAUGUCGAAGUUAGCGACGGGAAAACAACAGCCGCAGGCAGUGGUUGGGAUACUUUGAAAUCGUCUUUAGAGAAGGUCCAACGAGGAGAGAAACCGCCAAGAGGUUUUAGUUUAGUUCAUUCAAUGACAGGCGAGGGACAGAAAUGGUUGGUGCGUGUGCGCAGCAGCAAAGAUAAAAGACCUAUGAUGGAGUUUUAUCGGAAAGGUAUCCAAGGUAAAAUGGCAGAGAAACGGAUCAGGAUUCGAUUUGGUGGCAAGCAGUCGUGAGGAAAGCAAACGUUAUCAGGUUACACACAGAUUGAGGCUGUAAAUCAAAAGGCUCACUCACACUCAUUGAGUGGGACAGAAAUUAUGUUAUUAGUGAUUAGUGAUAGUCCUUUUUUAAUCAAUUGAAAUAAUUAUUUUAUUAGGUAAAACAUUGAAAAUCAAGCCGUUACGCCGGUUUUCAACUAGCAAUAUUUUUCGCCAAAAGGGAAUUUAUUCUUUUGUAAUGAAGCAACUUCUUGCAGAUUGUUGCAGUUGGCAGCUCUUAAAUGAAAGUAAAAUGUCGCGCAAAAAUUAUCAGAUCAGUCUGAACCUCGACGUUUAAGAUGAAAACACUAAUCUAUUGUUCAAAUUCGGUUAAAACACUAAUUUUUACGGUAUAAUGAUGAUCAAUUGAUCAAAUCAUUAUGUAACCAAUUUCCUGUAGGAAGAUUUAAAGAUCAGUUCCUAUUGAUGAACUAAGUCAACUAACUGAUUCCUUGUGCGAAUAACUUGAAUUUUAAAUU